AACAGAACAAGGUAGAGACCUUGUCCAUUUCUCUAAAAGAGAACAAAGGGGAAAAAAAAAAGGGAGAAGAAGAAAAAUGGGGAGAGCUCCUUGUUGUGAUAAGAAUAAUGUGAAGAGAGGGCCAUGGUCACCUGAAGAAGAUGCUAAGCUUAAAGAAUUCAUUGAAAAAUAUGGAACUGGUGGAAAUUGGAUUGCUCUUCCUCAAAAAGCUGGAUUAAAGAGAUGUGGGAAGAGUUGUAGAUUGAGAUGGCUAAAUUAUCUAAGGCCUAAUAUCAAGCAUGGUGAUUUUUCUGAUGAGGAAGAUAGAAUUAUAUGCAGCUUGUAUGCGAACAUAGGAAGCAGGUGGUCAAUUAUAGCAGCUCAAUUACCAGGAAGGACUGAUAAUGAUAUAAAAAACUAUUGGAACACAAAGCUGAAGAAGAAGCUCAUGGGUUUUAUUCAUUCUUCAUCUAACCAGAAAAUUAAAUCACCUAAUUUAUUCUUUCCUCCUACAAAUAUUCAAACAAUGCCACCCCAACCCCAAACAAUUUCAAGUCUUUUUGGAGAUUCAUAUCUAGAGUCCAUUCCCUUAGUCCAGCCAAAUUUCAUACACAACAAUAAUAUGAACUUUCAGUUAGGCACAAAUCAAUAUUCUUAUUUUCAUGAGAGCUUAAUGAAUCCCAUGCAAGCAAGUUGUUCCUCAUCUGAUGGAAGUUGCAACCAAAUGAGCUAUGGAAAAGAAAUCAAGCAAGAGGAAAUUGGUCAAAUUCCUUUUGAAGAAACCCAAAAAUUUACUCUUGACAAUUAUGGUAAUUAUGGAGGUGAUGAUCAAAAGGCAAAUGGACAUUUUGGGAACAACUUUCAAAGUAGUCAAUUCCAGUAUGAUAAUAUUGUUAGUAGCUCUGGCAAUGGAAGUGAUUGUAAUAAUAACAACAAUUUGUUUUUCUUCAAUGAUGAAAACAAGACAAAUAUAGGGUACUGGGGUUGAUUAUUUGUGUAGUUGUGAACUUGUGACGGAAUUGAUUAAUGAAAAGCUUCUAU